CAGGCCGUCAGGUUCUAACAGGAACGCUAGAGAUCGAAAUAGGAUGUCGACAACCCAGUCUUUCACGCUUAUUUUGUUUCUCUGGCUCCACGGCGUGUGCGCCUUCUACCUGCCGGGAGUGGCGCCGCGGAAGUAUGUGCAUGGGGAGCAGCUGAUGGUGAAGGUGAACACCCUGACGUCAGACCUCACGCCGCUGCAGUUCGACUACUACAACAUCCCCUUCUGUGAGCCCAAGGGGGGGGAGCACCAGCUCCCCGAGAACAUCGGGGAGGUGCUGGCUGGCGAGAGGACGGAGACUUCGGCCUAUCAGUUCCACACCAACGUAUCGAGGCUGUGCAAAGUCGCGUGCAGGAAGACGUGGACCCCUCAGAACGUCGACGAGUACCGCGACUUCGCAGGAGCCCGCUUCCGGGCCAACAUGCGCCUGGACAACCUCCCAGCAGCUGAGCUGGUGGUGUUCCGUGACCAGUACGGGAAGGAGUUUGUGUCGUACAAGCUCGGGUAUCCCAUCGCCGAGGUCUCUGGGUACAACUCCUCCAAGUUCUACAUCAACAACCACCUCAGGUUCACCAUCCGCUACCACAACGUGAAGCCAACGGGCACGCACAUGGACAAGAUCGACGAGCCAGGCGUCCUGAUCGUUGGGUUCGAGGUGAAGGCCAAGUCUAUCGAGCACAGGUACGAGGGAAAGUGGGACGAGAAGUGUGCGUCCAAGAACAGCUGCGAGCUGUUCACGUGCGACCCAAACAGAGGGCCGGACCCCAACGCCCCCAAGCUCCAGCUCCGAACGCACAAGAAGCAGGAGGUGGUGUUCACGUAUGACGUGCUGUGGGUGCACAGCGACGUCAAGUGGGCCUCGAGGUGGGACGUCUACCUGAAGAUGCAGUGGCAGGACGACGAGAUUCACUGGUUCUCCAUCGUGAACUCGUCGGUGAUCCUCCUCUUCCUCUCGGGAAUGGUGGCCCUCAUCAUGCUGAGGAUCCUCCGCAAGGACCUGUACAGGUACAACCAGCUCGAGCAGAGCGAGGAGGCGAGGGAAGAGGCCCGAGAGGAGACGGGAUGGAAGCUUGUGUCGGGAGACGUUUUCCGUCCUCCCAAGUACGCCUCCCUCCUCGCCGUCUACAUUGGCAGCGGAGUCCAGGUGCUAGGGAUGACGUGCUUCACGAUCGCCUUUGCGGUCUUGGGCUUCCUCAGCCCGUCGAACAGAGGCUCCCUCCUCGCUGCCGUUGUCCUCCUCUUCGCAUGCAUGGGGACGCCAGCAGGUUACAUCUCAGCGAGGUUCGUCAAGAUGUUCCAUGGAGCUGGGAUCGACAGGCUGCGAACGACCUUCAUGACAGCUCUGGUGUUCCCUGGCGUUGUCUUCGCCAUCUUCUUCGGUCUCAACCUCGUCCUCUGGGGAGACAAGUCGACGGGAGCGGUGCCCUUCACCACCCUCCUCGCCCUCCUGGUCUUCUGGUUCGGCGUUUCCCUUCCUCUCGUCUUCCUAGGGAGCUUCCUCGGAUUCCGCGCCAACCCCAUCCAGAACCCAGUGCGGACUAACCCCAUCCCCCGGCAGGUCCCCGAUCAGAUCUGGUACAUGCGAUCGCUACCCAGCAUCCUGAUGGGAGGUGUCUUGCCGUUCGGGGUUGUGUUUGUGGAGCUCUUCUUCAUCCUCUCCUCCAUCUGGCAGCACAGGUUCUACUACCUCUUCGGCUUCAUGCUCCUCGUCCUCAUCAUCCUCCUCGUGACCUGCGCCGAGAUCUCCAUCGUCAUGUGCUACUUCCAGCUGUGCUCUGAGGACUAUCACUGGUGGUGGAGAUCGUUCUUCACCUCGGGAGCGAGCGCCCUCUACCUCUUCCUCUACGCCUCCUACUACUUCCUCACCCGCGUCCACAUUGCCAAGAAGGCGUCGGUGAUCAGCGGACUCAUCUUCUUCGGUUACAUGACGGUUAUCUCCUACGCGUUCAUGGUGGUGACCGGCUUCAUGGGCUUCAUCGCCACCUUUCUCUUCAUCCGUAUCAUCUACGCGUCCAUCAAGGUAGACUAGAGGAGCGACAUGCAGGUCGAGCUGCGACGAGAGCACAGCCAAAGUUGAGGAGGGGGAGAGUUCACGAGCAGGAGGUAGGAAGGAGGAGAGCAGCGGGAGAGGGAGCAAGAGCAGCGAGGAAGGGAGAGCGGGAGACGCUUGUUGUGCAUCUCACGAGAGCAGACGGUGUAAAAGCAGAGAGUGUUUUUGUCCAUGUCAAGAAUGAAAGUGAUUAGAAGU